AUGAACUCCCCGGUGUCGUUGCGGGACGCCGCGAUGCGCAAGGCCCGCGCCCAGGUGGGGAAGCGACGCAUCUUUCUCAAGUCCUUCUUCGCCGACUUUGACCAUCUACACUGCGGCCGUAUCACAGCCGCGCAGUUUGCUCGCGUCUUGACGAACAACGAUGUGCACCUCUCUCCAGAGGAGAUGCAUGCGCUCUCGCACAGCUUUGCGCCUGCCAUUGCGGCUGGGACUUCGGCGGCGGUGGAUGACGCUGCCGCGGAUGCCUCGGGCAGCGACAACACAGAGGUGCUCUACGAGGACUUCCUCGCCGCUCUCGAGGUUGGACCAGGCAGCAGGGCUUCUGUUUGCCGCUCGGCUCCAAGUAUCGCCCUUACCCCAGCUGAGGAGGCCCGCUUGCAGCCGUUCAGAAGGAUGCUGCAGCACGCCAUUCAAACACAUGGCAUCUCGCUGACGGCCCCGCUCCGCGACUUGGACCCUCUUCGAACUGGCCGCGUCACUGUCGCGCAGUUCCGUCGCUGCCUGCCUUUCUCCGCUUCCCUUACAGAGGAGGCGAUGGACUUGUUCGCGAAGGAGUACAGCGACGAUCACGGGGGCGUCUACUAUAUGGCGUGGUGCCGCGCCAUGGACCCGUCGCUCAACGAGCGAACGAACGAGGAGGACGCGCUCGGCGCAGCGAACUCCGCGCGACUGCGCGCUAUGGACAAGGAACAGUUGAACCAGUGGAAGACCGGCACCGUCUCGUCGCUCGUGUGCCCCGACUCUUUCACCAACACGCGGCUCUCCGCCGAUGAGUUGAUUGCCGUGUUUCGCCAGCAAUGCGCUCUCUACCGACUGCGCUACGAGGACGGCUUUGCUGACUACGACAAGAUGAAGACCGGCAAAGUCACAGUGGCGCAGUUCGAGUCAGUGCUGGGUCGCAUGCCCCUCGUGCACUUUGCACUGCGGCCGGAGAACAUCGACACCCUCGCCCGCGCGUAUAUCAGCAGCGGGAACCACAGCGCCAGCGCCAACGGUGUGGUCGUGAACGCGCCGAGCGGACCGGUGGUGGAGUAUCGGGCGUUCCUCCGCGACAUUAACCCCUCGCAGGCAUUGCAGCAGACGGCGGAUGGUCGCACCGCUGCGACUAACUUCUUUGCUUCCACCCACGCCGCUGACACCUACUUGACGAGCUCUGAUGAUCAACAGAAAGCCGAGACGCUUCUCUCACAGCUGCGCGCGCUCGUGCAGUCCAACCGGAUUUGCCUGAGCCCUGUUCUCCGUGACUUUGACCGGGUGCGGAAAGGCAUCUACGAGCAUCGCACCUGCACCCGCACCCGCUUUGCGCGAGGCCUUGCGACUCAGAACAUCAUGCUACCGCCUGAGCAGCUGCAGCUGCUGAUCCGAAAGUACACCGUGCCGAACCCCGACGGGUCACCGAGCAGCGAGGUGAACUACUACCUGUUCGUCCAGGACGUCGAUCCAUCGCAGGCGAACGGCGGCAACGGCACCAGGAGUGCCCGCGUGCCUAACACUACUUGCCUAGGUGUACCCUCUUUUACCAGUGCCGCAUCCACUGCAGUCGCCUCGGAAACUUUGCCCACGAAAGAGAGCGUACUGGCGCGCGUGGCGCUGCAGGUUGUGGCGCGCCGCCUGCACGUGGCUGCCUUCUUUUCUGAUUUCGAUCCCCUUCACAGCGGCGUCAUGCCGAAGGGUCGUCUAGGCAUCGCACUGGGGCAGGCUGGUUUUCAGCUGCUGCCGGAGGAGCUGGCGGUGCUGCAGAGCGCCUUUGCGUCGACGCGCAUCCGCGACAGCGUGGAUACACAGAAGCUGGCGACUGCGGUCGAGGCAGCCGUCGCGGCACUGCGUGCCAGCCGCGUUGCGGAGACGACCGGGGGUGGAGGUGGCGGAGGCACCGCCCGGGGCGCAGAGUGCGUGGCGCAAGUGGAAGCUCUGCUGAGUCGCGUGCGUCACAACGUCCGCGUGCACAAUGCGCUACUGCUGCCCUUCUUCGCAGACUUUGAUCACCAUCACCGCGGCGUCAUCACACCAACUCAGUUUGCUCAAGCAUGUGUGCGGCAUCACUUGCCCUUGACCCAGCCGGAGCUCUCGACGCUUGCGUCAUGGUACAGCGCCGGCGACGCGGUGACGCCUGGCACUGAUGGUGUGCGCUACCUCGCCUUCGUGCGAGACGUCGGCUGCGAGGAGGAGUCGGCGCAGUAUGCGUUGGCGCAGACGGCCAGCGCCUCCAGCGGUGCAGUGAACACGGGCUUGUCGGCGUCUGCCCGCGCAGCUAUCGAGGCGGCGGCUGAUGUGGAUGAGGUACUUACCCGCAUCUGCGUUUUUCUGCAGGAACGGCGGCCGUCACUGACCGAGUUCUUCCCUGAUGGUGAUGAGCUUCGCCACCACCACGUAACUCCAUCACGGUUCCGCCACUGCAUAACGAUGCUGGGUCUUACCGACAUGACGGAGGCGCAGCUCAGCGCUCUGGAGGGCGCCUUUGCGUCAGCCAAGUCCCCGGGCGACAUCGACUACCCAGCCUUUGCUUACACCGUACGGGCCAUGCUGGCCGACGGCGCAGGUGCGGCCGCCGUGUCGCAGCGACGGCUGCAGGGGCCUGCAUCUUCUGGCCGCCGCCUCAUCACUUCGACGGGAGACUCCGUUGCUACACACACAACCGCCGCGCAGGGCUUUGCGGCUGCCACACUCGAGCACGUUAAGCGCACCCUCAAGGCACGCCACACGGCCACCAUUAUUGCUUUCCGAGAAUACGACCGAGCUCGCAAGGGCUACGUUACCGAGGGCCAGUUUUUCGCCUGUUUGCAGGCGCUCGGCGUGCUGCUGAAACCGAGCGAGGCGGCGGCGCUGCUGCAGCUUUACGCGGUUGGCAAUGGGCAGGUGCACUACCUCGCCUUUGCACACGAGGUGGACGAUGAGUCGCUCAUCGCCGUGAGCUAG